AUGAGGUGUCUACCGCUUACUCAGUCGAUUCUUCUGGCUGCCAUUUCGGUUCUUCCGGUAGCUGCGAUCACAAGUUUGCCAGCAAGUUGCGGACAGAACCUAUUCGUGAACCCCUCGUUUGAGAAUGGAGCCACAGCAGUUCCUGGAUGGGCUUACGAGUUCACUCCCGGAGAGUCCACCGACCAGCACAGCGAUGGAGCAAAGUCGAUGACAAUCCUCACAAGUCCAUCAGCCAAUAAUUUCGGGCAAACAGUGUACGGACUGGACGCGACCCAACUAUACGACAUCACUAUCGACUACAAGGCUAUUGUGAACCCCAGCGCCGCGACCGGAUUCACAUGCUACAUCUCUUUCUACCUGUCCAUUCCUCAAGGCUCAGUCUAUCAAACGGGCGCUUUGAAAUUCACCGCAGAUGGCAACGACAAAGGAUGGAACACGCUUAGGUCUCCUGGAAUGAGACUGCCAUACCCAGACGGAGUAUUCAUCGGCUUUAAUGUUUACUGCAUGGCGCCAGCGGGCAGUUCUAUCACUGGGGCAGGCACUCUAUAUUUCGACAACGCCAUAAUUGCAGUCCCAUGCCCCGUGUCGUCAACGACUGACAUCUCCACUCCAUCCGCGCCAGUAUCGACCCCUUCGACAGCCUCACUAUCUUCUACUCCGACUCCUGUGAACUCUUCAACCUCUGAUCAGCUGGCAUCAAUAACGCCAUCUGACCCAUCAACUACCCCCAGCUCCUCGACUCUGGGUACAGAUGCUGUUACGCCAACAGUAACGACGCCAGGUUCAUCUACCACUACACCAGCUGCUACACCCACCACCUUAUCGACCUUAACGACGCCUAUCUCAUCUACAGAGAGCCCAGUGUCCGAUUCAAACGCCACGACCUCAACGCCGACGGAUCUUGCCUCUGCACCUACACCAAGACCUUCCCGUAGACCUUGCAGAAGCCGUCGAAUGCGUAGAUCUGAACUAGUGUCUGAGAUGGAAAUCUAG